AUGUGUUGUGUUACAGGAUGGCAGUGAUACACGGGUGUCAGUCAUGUGUUGUGUUACAGGACGGCAGUGAUACACGGGUGUCAGUCAUGUGAUGUGUUACAGGACGGCAGUGAUACACGGGCGUCAGUCAUGUGUUAUGUUACAGGACGGCAGUGGAACACUCAGACGUUCUGGGUCGCUGGGUAAGAUCCGUGAUGUCCUCAGGAGGAGCAGUGAAAUGUUGGUGAAGAAGCUACAAGGGACGACACCUCCGGAACCACGAAGCACAAAUAUGAAGCGUGCUGCCUCCCUGAACUAUCUCAAUAAAUCCAGCGACGAGACCUUCCAGGGCUCUCCGAAUCUUCUGUCUGAAACUCGGGGCCUGAGCGCCAGUAACAUUGACCUGUCCUCCCACAGCUAAUGGCUGGUGCUGGAUAACGGGGACCCCUGCACCCCCACUAUUAAACUCGUCGCACUCCCGCCUCGAUAUGGCCCAGUGGCCACUAAGCCUGUAUUAUAGUCUGAUAACGCCAGCCCCCUAUGACCCCAGAUCAGAUGACUGGAGGAGACCAUCGCCUGGUGACCCCAGAAUCUCCUCGACUCUCAGCGAAUUCUCCUAUUCUAAGGUAGCACCACCACUCCCAUCACUGUACUGGAGCAGCACUACACUCCUCAUCACUCUGCUCAAUAGUACUGGAGCAACACUACAACUCUCAUCACUCUUCUCUAUAAAAAUAUCAAGGCACUACAACUCCAUAAUUGCAUCCUAUAAUAAAACAGUAACACUGCACCCCCUAUCUCAAUGCUGUGAGAUGAUGGAUUCACAGGGUGGCAUUACAGGCAGGUUUCUUCACCGUCGGAUGGGGGUGAGUCGUCGGUCACCAGGAUGGAAGGCGCUUCAGGGAUUGUGGGGUUCUGGGGAGUCUGGUGGUGGUGAAUCUGGGGGGGAUCUCAUCUGUUGGGAUCAUUAGCACUUUAUUAAUAAAUACUCCACCCCCA